AUGCAGUACGUAGGUAGAGCUCUUGGGUCUGUGUCUAAAACAUGGUCGUCUAUCAAUCCGGCUACGUUAUCAGGUGCCAUAGACGUUAUUGUAGUGGAGCAUCCAGAUGGAAGCCUAUCAUGUUCUCCCUUCCAUGUGAGAUUUGGCAAAUUUCAAAUUUUAAAGCCAUCUCAAAAGAAAGUCCAAGUGUUUAUAAAUGAAAAGCUGAGUAACAUGCCAAUGAAGCUAAGCGAUUCUGGAGAGGCCUAUUUCGUUUUCGAGAUGGGUGAUCAAGUCACUGAUGUUCCUGACGAAUUACUUGUGUCGCCCGUGAUAAGCGCCGCAUCAAGCCCCCCUCAAUCACCUGAAACAUCCAUCUUGGAAGGAGGAACCGAGGGUGAAGGUGAAGGUGAAAAUGAACAUAAGAAGCAGGAAAAGAAAGUUCUAGAGGAACCAGAUUUUUUGGAUAUCAAUGAUACUGGAGAUUCGAUCAGUAACAAUGGUGAAACCACAGGGUCGCUUUCCUCUGCUGCAUCCUCCACAACGACGCCGCCAGAUUUGAUAGAAGAAAGGAAACUUGCUAAGCAACGCACCAAGAACUUCCAGCAAAAAUUAAACAAGAAGCUCACUGAAAUCCAUAUACCUAGUAAACUUGAUAACAAUGGCGAUUUACUACUGGAUACUGAGGGCUACAAACCAAACAAGAAUAUGAUGCAUGAUACGGACAUACAGCUGAAGCAGUUGUUAAAGGACGAAUUCGGUAAUGAUUCAGAUAUUUCAAGUUUUAUCAAGGAGGACAAAAAUGGUAACAUUAAGAUCGUAAACCCUUACGAGCACCUUACUAACCUCUCGCCUCCAGGGACACCCCCAACAAUGGCUACAAGCGGAUCGGUUCUCGGCUUAGAUGCAAUGGAAUCAGGAACUACCUUAAACUCGUUAUCUUCCUCACCUUCUCCUUCCGAUACCGAGGAUGAAACAUCAUUUAACAAAGAACAAAGCUGUAGCAGUGAAAGUACUAACAAGAACGGCUCAACGGAAAACGGUAAGGCCGAAAAAAGGUACAUAAGAACGAUAAGAUUGACCAAUGACCAGUUGAAGUGCCUAAAUUUAACUUAUGGUGAAAAUGAUUUAAAAUUUUCCGUGGAUCAUGGAAAAGCUAUUGUUACUUCAAAAUUAUUUGUUUGGAGGUGGGAUGUUCCAAUUGUUAUCAGUGAUAUUGAUGGCACCAUAACAAAAUCAGAUGCCUUAGGCCAUGUCUUGGCAAUGAUAGGAAAAGACUGGACGCAUUUGGGUGUAGCCAAGUUAUUCAGCGAGAUAUCCAGGAAUGGUUAUAACAUACUUUAUCUAACUGCAAGAAGUGCUGGACAAGCUGAUUCCACAAGAAGUUAUUUACGAUCAAUCGUACAAAAUGGUAGCAAAUUACCAAACGGGCCUGUGAUUUUAUCGCCCGAUAGAACAAUGGCUGCCUUAAGGCGGGAAGUAAUAUUAAAAAAACCUGAAGUUUUCAAGAUAGCAUGUCUAAACGACAUCAGAUCGUUAUAUUUUGAAGAUUGUGACAACGAAAUGGACACAGAGGAAAAGUCAACCCCAUUUUUUGCCGGUUUUGGUAAUAGAAUUACCGAUGCGUUAUCUUACAGAACAGUAGGGAUUCCUAGUUCAAGAAUUUUCACAAUAAAUACAGAAGGCGAGGUUCAUAUGGAAUUACUAGAGUUAGCAGGUUACAGAAGCUCCUACAUUCAUAUCAACGAGCUUGUCGAUCAUUUCUUUCCACCAGUCAGCCUUGACAGUGUUGAUUCAAGAACUAACACUUCUAUGGUUCCUGGUUCUCCCCCUAAUAAAACAUUGGAUAACGCUGCCUCAGAAAAUACCUCAGUUCACAAAACACUGUUCAGAGGCAAUCAGGAAGAGAAAUUUACAGACGUAAAUUUUUGGAGAGACCCGUUGGUCGACAUUGAUAACCUAUCGGAUAUUAGCAAAGAUGAUUCUGACAACACCGAUGAAGAUACCGAUGUAUCACAACAAGACAGCACUAGUAGUAAUAGGAGAAAUUCAGUCAACACUGUGAAGGCUACUAAACUCCCUCAAAAACACGUGGGCAGCUCAAGUAACAACGAAGUCUUAGCUGCUUCAUCUGACGUAGAAAAUGCAUCUGAGCUAAUGGGUUCCCAUAGUAGCUCAGGAUCCACGCCUAAUAAAUCUGCAAUGUCCAAAGGAGACAUUGGGAAGCAAAUAUAUCUGGAACUAGGUUCUCCACUUGCAUCGCCAAAACUGAGGUACUUAGAUGAUAUGGAUGAUGAGGAGUGCAACACCAGUGGAUCUAAAUCAAGGAGAGCAUCAUCUGCAGCUGCGACGAGUAUUGAUAAAGAGUUCAAAAACUUAUCAGUGUCUAAAGCUGGCGCUCCAACAAGCAAUGUUUCAGAGAUUAACGUUUUAGAUGACGUGCAUUCACGUGAAAAUUCAGAUACCGAAUCACGAUCGGAACAAAGCGAUGGUGAAACGGGGCGUAAUCAGCUACCCCACAACUCAAUGGACGAUAAAGAUUUGGAUUCAAGAGUAAGCGAUGAGUUCGAUGAUGAUGAAUUCGACGAGGAUGAAUUCGAAGACUAA